AUGGCUCAGAUUAUUUGUGUGGUGAUUAGAAACUCUAUUUUUAUAUUAGUAUGGAUAUGUUGGAUGCUCCCUUGCUGCAUUCACCAUGAGUCCAGCUGCCUUGCUUCUUGCUGCUUGGCCAGUUCAUUAGUCGUUGGAUACUUGCGGUAUGCUGCAGUGAUGUAUGUGGCAUUUAUUUCUCCUAGACAGGUUGCAAAAUUUGGAGAAGCAGCAGGUUUCAUUUUUUAGUAGUAAAUGCACCAGGCAAUGGUGGUAGCUGUGCUAUUUUGCAUCGCAUCCUUAUUCCCCAGCUUGCAAAGUGGAGGCCAACUCAGAGAUCUGAGAGGAUCAGACUUUAUUCUCAUUUCAGAUAAAGAUGAAACUGAGAGACCUACAUCGUGCAACAGUUGUAUCCAUGGAAAAAACAAGCAAAAGGCUUGCUAUGAGGUUGGUGAAAUGGGCAAGCACAUUGUUCAUGGUGAUGCGGUUGGGAAUGAUGAUGACUCAUCUGAUGACAACCAUCCUGAGAGUGGCAUGAGAGUGGCUGAAAACAUCAAGACACUUGCAUGUAAUAGGAAAGUAAAGACUGCAACACCAUAUGGGCAGAAAAUAGGUAAUUGCUGCCUUGCCAGAGGGCCUACCGAGUUUUGAAUCUAAUAUUCUUUCUUUAUGGGUUAAUUGUAUAUGUGCCAUCGUAGAUCUGGCUUAUUAGAGAAUAUUGAUAUGUGCGUUUAUGUUCUCUUAUGUUAAGUGCUGAAAUCAAUAAUAAGCAUGUAGGAUUACUCAACAAUAAGCAUGUAGGAUUACAUUAUAGCUGUGUUGUUAGCAUGGAAUAUGAUAUAGAUUACUCAUAAAGGUAUGGAUUGAACCCCACAACCUAUGACAAAGUGGU